CCUCCAUAAUCUCCACGCCUCCUCCUUCCUUCUUUAACCGCCGCCGCCGCAGCUUCAUCGCCAAGCCACCUCCGCCGCCGAAGCCACCACCGCUUCCCUCCCACUCGGGCGAGCUCCCCCGUCUCUCCGUAGCCAUGGCGAAGAAGAAGGACGUGGAGGUGGAGGAGUUGGAUGAGGAGGUGGUUGCCGCUGCCGCCGCCCCCGCCGCGGACGGUGGCGAGGAGCAGGAGGCCGAGCCACCGGCGCGUCGGCCGUCGACGUUCGCGGAGCUGGGCGUCGUCCCGGAGCUGGUGGCGGCGUGCGACGCCAUGGGGUGGAAGGAGCCCACCAGGAUCCAGGCCGAGGCCAUCCCCCACGCCCUCGAAGGGAGGGACCUGAUUGGGCUGGGGCAGACGGGCUCCGGCAAGACGGGCGCCUUCGCGCUGCCGAUCAUCCAGGCGCUGCUCAAGCAGGACAAGCCCCAGGCGUUGUUCGCCUGCGUGCUGUCGCCUACAAGGGAGCUGGCUUUUCAGAUUGGACAGCAGUUUGAGGCACUCGGGUCCGCGAUCGGUCUGAGUUGCACGGUGCUUGUUGGAGGAGUUGAUCGGGUGCAACAAGCAGUAUCCCUUGCAAAACGCCCACAUAUUGUGGUUGGAACUCCUGGACGUCUUUUGGAUCAUUUGACAGAUACGAAAGGUUUUAGCCUUAAUAAAUUGAAGUACUUGGUUUUGGAUGAAGCUGAUAAGUUACUUAAUGUGGAGUUCCAGAAAGCCCUUGAUGAUAUUCUGAAUGUUAUCCCUAAAGAACGGAGGACUUUCCUUUUUUCAGCCACAAUGACCAAUAAGGUUUCUAAACUGCAGCGUGCUUGUCUAAGAAAUCCUGUUAAGGUCGAGGUAGCGUCCAAAUAUUCUACAGUGGACACACUUAGACAGGAGUUUUAUUUUGUUCCUGCAGAUUACAAGGAUUGUUUUCUCGUUCAUGUUCUGAAUGAGUUGCCAGGGAGCAUGAUCAUGAUCUUUGUCCGGACCUGUGAAUCAACAAGGCUCCUUGCUCUCACCCUAAGGAAUCUUCGUUUUAAAGCUAUCUCUAUUAGUGGCCAAAUGAGUCAGGAUAAGAGACUAGGCGCCUUAAACAGGUUCAAAACGAAAGACUGCAAUAUCCUUAUUUGCACCGAUGUGGCAAGUCGUGGUCUUGAUAUUCAAGGAGUUGAUGUGGUUAUCAAUUAUGAUAUUCCAAUGAAUUCCAAGGAUUAUGUUCAUCGGGUGGGUAGAACAGCACGUGCAGGGAAUACAGGAUAUGCUGUAUCUUUGGUGAAUCAAUACGAGGCCAUGUGGUUUAAGAUGAUAGAGAAGCUCCUUGGAUACGAGAUUCCUGAUCGUAAGGUGGAUAACGCAGAAAUCAUGAUACUUCGUGAACGUAUCUCUGACUCGAAGAGGAUUGCGCUGACGAACGGAUGCACACCUGCUUCCGACGACCUGAAUGUAGAUAGUUCGUCUUGUUCUUGUUGUGACGAUGAAGGAGGGCGGUGGCCACAAGAAAAAGCGGAGGAAGAACGAAGAUGAUGAGGAAGAGGAGGAGCGCAAUGCUCCUGUUUCCAGAAAAUCGAAGUCCUUCAACAAAUCAAGAAGACGGUGAAAGCAUUGGAGCAAGUGAUCGUGAGGCGAGCUUGGGAUGAGUUAGAUUAGUAUUAUACUGGCAUACCACCGCCACAAUUUUAUGUAACCAUUCAAGAAUAGAUAUUUAUGUAGGUCCAUUUCGACGAAUUAGCUAUUUUAUUAUUUGUGAAGCUGGAUCUUGGAAAAUUUGCUCAUCUGUUGCUACAAAAGCAUAUAUGGAAAAUUUGCUCAUCUGCUUCCACAAAAGCCGGUGGCAUCAGGUGAUCUGGACGAGAGUCAUUGUACUAUA